AUGACAAAAACCUUCCCAGAUAGACGGUUCAACUGUGACACUUGCGGGAAUCAUACGACACAGAGCCUGAAUAAAGAAAUAGGCUCAAUUCCACGAGCUUACGAAACAGUUUCUGCCACAAGCCUGAGUUACAGGUCACUACGUAUGGAUAAGGAAAUUUCUGCACUGGAAAAAGCCAUUAGGUAUAUGGAAUACCUUCAAAAACGAGUGAAGAUACUUGAGGAACAAGCAAGAAAGGCUGAGAUAGUUACCAAGAAUUCACAGGUGGUGGUGGACGACAACGUAUCCUCGUCGACUGAGCUGCAGCAACCGCCAACAAUCAAGGCCAGCGAGUGUGGCAAGAAUGUUCUUCUCAGAAUUCAUUGUGAGAAAAGAGAAGGGAUUUUGGUGAAAAUACUUGAUGAGGUAGAGAAGCUUAAUUUGGGAAUUGUUAACACCAAUGUGGUGUCUUUUGGAAGUUUAUCCCUUGAAGUUAGUAUCACAGCAGAGAAGGAGAAAGAAUUCAGUGCGACAGUGAAUGAAAUUGUGAAAAGUGUUGAUGAUGUUCUACAGAGUGCUGCCUAG